AAAUCACGUGAACACCUCCGUUCGAGAGGUAAAAUGGAGAUUGUCGAGAAUCCUGUCGUUCCCGUUAUCAAUGGUGACAUACCCUGUAUGCCUCCUGGUCAGCAAAACGAAGACGACAUCGACAUAGGAAAAAUCCAAGAUGAGUUGAAAAAUAUUAGAAAAGUCAUUCAGUUAACAAAAGAUUCCUUAGAUGAAUUAAACAAAACAUUUGGAAAUGACCAACAACCUAAUCCUAUGUACUUGGAGGAAUAUGAAACUCUCACCAACAAAAUCCAUGACUUACAAGUCAAAGAGGAGGACCUACUGGCGAAGAUGCCAAAUGAGGAGUUGGAGAAUACCCCUCCCCCUGCCCCCUCCACACUUCCCUCGUCAGGGGGCGUGGCACAACCUAAUGUACCAAAUCCACUACCAAGUCCUAAGCCUGUCCACGGGAUUAUAAAGGCCUACUUACCAAAUGAGCAGUUUUCACUGGUAAAAAUUGAGCCAGGAAAGAUCCUAAAAGAAGGUUUAAAGAAAACAAUGUCUCGCAGAGAUCUGUUACCGGAAAAUUGUAACGUCUUUGACUCCACAACAAAGAUGCCGAUCUCCUGGGACAUUGACAUGGCCAACUUAGCCGGGAAACACAUCAAUGUGUGUGAGAAACCCAAGCGAAAGCUGGAGGGACAGUUAGCGAUCACCACACAUAAUAUAGUUAGAAAAACAUUUUUACUUUUAACAUUCUGUGAUGGCUGUGGGAAGUCCUUGUUUCAAGGUUUUCGUUGUCAGACGUGUGGAAUUCGAUUCCAUCAGCGCUGCAGCGACAAAAUUCAGCCCUUCUGUUAUCCUGUUUCUGAUUCCUUACAUUACCCGGGGAUGUUCAAACCCAAGUUGGCGGAUCCGGGAUUUUCUCAGAACAAGGAGGAUAGGUUCAGCCGCAGUCGGUCCCAGUCUGCACCGAAUGUUAAUAUAAAUAUAACGGACACACAUCCUGACCAUUCAGAGGAGAAGUUUCCAUUUACAUCCCCAAAUAUUGAAGGAACACAAAGAAACAAUACCCUCCCCGUGUUAUCCAUUCCUUCCAAGCCCAUACCUCAGCCCCCUCCCACCCAGACAGGCCAGGAGGCCAAGCAUCGGACGGGAGAAAAUCAUCCUCGAGAAGACUGGGAAAUCAAUGGGGAUCAGAUACAAAUGCACAAGAGGAUAGGGUCAGGGUCAUUUGGGACUGUGUAUCGGGGGUAUUACCACGGUCACGUGGCAAUCAAACGCCUCAACGUCACCGCUCCUACUCCUCAACAGCUGAGGGCAUUCAAAAAUGAAGUAGCUGUAUUACGGAAAACUCGACACACAAACAUUCUUCUGUUCAUGGGCUGGACGUCGAAGCCUCAGUUAGCCAUUGUUACCCAGUGGUGUGAAGGUUCCAGUUUAUACAAACACAUUCACGAAGACGAUAUCAAAUUUGAAAUGUUGACGAUAAUGGAAAUCUCUCGACAGACGGCGCAGGGCAUGGAUUACCUUCAUGCCAAGUCUAUAAUUCACAGAGAUUUAAAGUCUAACAAUAUAUUUUUAACGGAAAAUUUAACGGUAAAAAUAGGUGAUUUUGGACUGGCCACCAUGAAAACGAGGUGGAGUGGGUCACAUCAAUUCCAACAACCCAGUGGCUCUAUAUUAUGGAUGGCCCCUGAAGUGAUACGAAUGAAAGAAGCUAAUCCAUACACAAACCAAUCAGAUGUCUACGCUUUUGGAAUUGUGUUAUAUGAGUUAAUGACACAGUCUCUUCCUUAUAGCAACAUAAGUAACAAAGACCAGAUCUUAUACAUGGUGGGUAAGGGAACACUGAGACCGGACCUCAGCAAGGCUCGGAAAGACACGCCCAAGAGGUUCAAGAUCCUCAUGCAGGACUGCUGUAAAUAUGAUAGAGAACAGAGGCCACUAUUUCCACAGAUUCUGUCAGUGUUAGAAAGCUUGGAACGAUCUCUACCGAAGGUUCACAGGAGUGCGUCAGAGCCAACGUUAAAUUUGGCCCAAUCGGAAGACUUUAUGUAUUUAUGUGCUUCACCUAAGACUCCUAUAAAUAGCGGCAUUCAUUUUCUCUUCACUUCAACAUCAGGAGGGGGACUAAACUAGAGGCAGGGGCUGGCAUCUGUGUUUUCUGUCCGAGAGAGAAGUGGUCUCUUAAACUCUACAAGUGUACACAGAUGAAGCUCCAAACAUGUGUGAUAGCUUGCUUUUUUUUUUUUUUAAUUCUUUCCUGAUCAGCAUUCGAAGCUGAGCUGAAUAGCUUAAAGCUUAAAAGCUCAAAACAGCAAGAUUUUGUGCCAGUUUUUCCAUUUCUGAUGUCAUUAUUUUGGCACAGGGCUGUGUGGUAAAAAUGGCCAUUUCCCAACAUGUAAAUAAGAUUCCAGUAAUUCUGCUUAUGAGAACUUCCCUUUCAGCUCUGCUCCACAUUUCAUAGUUUUGGUUUCAUUUUCAAAAUGGCAGUACACCUUGGGAUUUAUAUGGAUGUACACAUACCAUGUACAAAUUCAUGUAUAAAAAGUUGAUUGGACAUUAACAUUUGAAUCAUUUUUUUUUUUCACCAGAAAAAAAAGCAUAUUGCUUGUAAGUGAACUGAUUGUGAAUUUUAACUGUAUCCCAUUUUGAAUUCUUGAUAUGAAUUGAUUCUCAAAUCAUUACCUAACAGAAGAAAAAUGUUGAAUGAAUGCAGGCAUAAUUGAUUAAGUAUUUCUUGCAAUUUUUUUUUCACUCCCAAGGUGGUACACAUAUUGAUUUACUGCAUAUUUCCAUGAUUUUUUUUCUCAAAUGUCAGCAAUGUAGUUUGAUCUCUUUGCACCGAAGGCCAUAAAACUCUUCUGAGAGAAUGGUUCAAGGAAAGACGCAUUCAUUGACUCUUGGCGAGACAUUUCAUUUAUAUAGAUGAAAAAAGAGGGGGAAAAUAUGAUUCACCCAAUUUGUGAUACUUCAUAAGUGCACAUGACACUUUUUUUUUAUUGUAAGAGAUGUGAAUAUAAUUGUUGUGAAAUCCUGGAUGGUUUUCGCUAAAAUGUGUGUGAACUUUUUCAGAUUUUUGUUCCUUUACAUUUGCAGCACUUCAUUGUAUGAAAUAAAGGUUUAUUCCUUUAGUUUCAUGUGGCACUAUAUUAUGUGUAUUUUGGGGAAAUAAAUUCAAAACUGGACUGUUCUGCCAUAUGGAAAACCUGCAGUUCUAAGUGCCAGGCAAAAAUUAGGCUCUCUUGGUAAAUAUGGCACCCACUCUGCGAAGACUUUGUUUUUGUGAAAAUUUUAAUGGCCAAGUUGAAACUAACACUUUGAACACAGUGGUGAAGUCACUUGACAGUGUGAAUUUCUGUAAUAUUCCACAGUGAGGAGGAACGUUCCAAUAUUUAGCAUUUUUCUCCAUUGAGAGAGGGGUGCAGCUUUUUUGUGCAAUUGAACAUGUACAGACUCUCUUUUUGGUGUACGUCUGUGAUUUAUUUCUGUGUAAUGUGAGGCAAGGACAUUGUGCAAUGACAGUUUUAUUUGUUCUUUUUUUUUCUGGACCUGAAAUCACAUUUUGGAAUACAAAAUUUUAUUUUACAAAGCAGAAUUCUAUGAUAUUGCAUGAAGGCUGAUCAUUAUUUUAUGUAAAUUAAUCGGUCAAUUGUUAAAAGUCAAAAUGUUUUGACAAAGUGAAAGAACUGAGAUGGUCCAGUCUAAUAAAUCAAUUACAAAAAAAGAGAGAAAUAUUUCUUUAGGAUUACUUCAAUAUGUGUGCUACAUAUACAUGUAAAUGUUAUUGCACAAGUUCUUGUGUCCUGUCAAUCCCUGGUAGUUUAGAAUCGGAUAUCCAAGUGUUUGACUAUUCCAUGCUUGUGAAAAGGGGGUAACAGGAUUGACCACACAAAUAGUCUACAUGAGAUGCUAUUAUAUUUAUAAGAAAUGGUUUUUAACGAAUGACUGUUGUGAAAGCAUUUACUUAUUUAUAAAGGAGAGAAUGUGAGACGAUGACUGGAUGUGCAAUUUAUUGAUUUAAAAAAAAAGAUGAAGAAUUUGAUUUUUUCUUCAUUUUUUUGCUACUGUUUGUAAUUUAUUUGUUACAUAUGUGUGCAAUUGGUCGCAGAUAGGAGUAUUCCAAUACGGUCUUUAUCUUAUGUGAUCCCACAUUCAUACUGUACAUAUCAAGUUUUACCAAUAAUACUAUGUUGUUGUUGUUGUCAAUCUUAUCUAUGUCUGAAAAUGAUUUUUUUUUCUUGCUUUUUUGAUUUUUUUUGCUCUUACUUUUUACUCCACGGUCUCUCAGCUUUAUGUGAACCUUACUUUUCAAGGAGGGAUGAUAUGCAUUUAUUUUUUUCUCAAAAGCUUCUUAACAAAUUCAAUUGGUCCAUGCAGGACCUAUAACUAAGUAUAUAGGUCCCUGGUCCAUGAAAUUAAAAUAGGAAAUUAAGGAUACAACACAAACAAAAAUCUGAUGCAUGGAAUUAUGUAUUUUUUUGACUGAUUUCAAAUGGAAAUGACAUAUACAUGUAUUAUUGAUCUCUAGAUUUAUGUAAAGAAAUUUUUUCUUUGGUAAUAAGAAAUGUGACUUUGUAUUGAUUUCAUGUCAUUCUAAACAACGUUUUACACAUGAUCUUUGACAUAGUAACAAAAUCUUAUAUUAUUCUCCCAUUUUAUCCGAAAAGUUUUAAUCAGGUUACAAGUUCAAAUAUUAACCUAUGAGUAAUAUUGCUGAUUUCUGAAAAGGUCUGACAGUGUUAUUUAUCCAUAAUAUCCAUUGUGCAUUUACUUUUGAUAAAACUAUUUAGAUAUUUGAUAAUUUACAAUAAAUUUCUUAAGAGCGAAUUUAAAGAUAAAAUGGUAGUGAUAAAAGUUUUUACACUACACGUAAGAUUGGAUUCUGAUUCGUUUUCAAUUUGCUCAACCAAUUCAAGAAUUCUAAAUUCCUUUUUAAGAAUAUUAUACAUUAUAUAUAAUUAUUAUACAUAUUACGUAAAAUUUAGAAAAAAUAAUUCACUCUUGAAAGACCAUGCCAGUAACUGAACUUAAAUUGAUUUUGUUUCUCUGCAUUUUCCCCCAUUUUGUUUGUUUUACUUUGUUUACCUUUUUCAUUAGAGAUCUAGUAGAAAUUUUCAUUUUUUCUUCUUCUAUAAAUCUGCAAAAGUUUUAACUGCCUGUUUCUUAGAAUCCUCACAAAAUCUACUUGAUACACAUUUCUGCUUGUUUUUGCUCAUCAUGGUGUACGUGGAGAUUAAUUGAGGAUGAGAGGAGUGGAUCUCAGUGGGGUGUGAAUGAUUUGAAUGGAGAAUGUAUUGGCUCUUGUGAUGGUUCUUUGUAAAUGCAAAUAUAAAGGAAUUUCCUCUACA